AUGCCCUUUACAGUUGCAAAACGAAACGUGUCAGCUUUCUCAAAUCCUUUCAAUCGAAGCGUUAGGAACAAUGUUAGGUAGGCUGCCAAAGCGGUCCGGUUGCGAAAUGUCCUAUGCAGUUGCGAAAUGGGCCUGUGUGCCGGUGAUUUGUUUGCGAGCCCCUCGCCCGAUUGUUUUUGUCCUCUUGCGCUCUACUUUUUCCCUUCUUUUCAUAUUCCUCUUGAAUGCAUAUAUAAAAAGCGGCGCAUUUCAUUUCGUUCCCAAUCUCAUGGUCACUUUUUGUACAAGAAAACCAUAAUAAUAUCGGAAAGCGGACAGCGGCACGGGCGGUCUUCUUAUCUUUUUUUUCGAUUGAGGCAAAUGGCAUACUAGCGCACUUUUCAUGAUUGCCUAUUGUUGUUGUUGUAUAAUAUUCGAGGACUAGUUGCGCAAAGAACGAUAUCUCAGCUGAGUGUAGAGGUAUCAAAAAGUUGUCAACUGAGAAAGUGUUCUCUAAGAAAUGGUGCACAUUUGGUUAGUUGACAGUUUUUUGCAAUCUCCACCGACAGCUGAGAUAUAGCGGUUCGGUUCUUGUAGUUUUUGCAAUAGAUUGCCGAACCAGACACUGCUAUUCUUUCUUUCCGUUCUAUGCAAAGUUUGAGGGAAAGUGAAGUGCAAUUGCAAUCUCGGGCCACUUCUCGACCUGUCCUUUCGUUUCUGCCCCUGCGCCCCCCGGUCAUCAUCUUUCCCUUUGUCUUAUGCUCAAAAAUUUCGCGCCUAAAUUGGGAUUUGUGUGUGUGUCCCAUGAGAUCUACAAUAUACCUUUCCCAUGAUGUGCAAAAAAGUCGAAAUCCCGUUUAGUAACACUUGUACACAUACAUACAUACACACAUAUUUCUAUCAAUUCGUCUCCGUCGUCGUGUCUACACCCCACCCAUUGAAAACUGAACACCACUCGAAACCGAUCUCUUUCUUCUUCUUCUUCCUCUCCUCCUCCUAGUCAAUUGUCUCCACUAUUUACUUUUUCACUUUAUUCUCCAUUGAGGAAGGCUUAAUGGGGGGCAGGGGGGAGAGCACACGAGGUACAAUCCCAAAACACACAAACAAACCAUUCACACUCACACCGUUUUUGACCCUUUCCCCGCCAAUGUCCAUUGGUUUUUUGGCUUUGCGAUGGAGAGCUGGAGGUGGUCUAACUUUUCAACUGGAUGACCUAGCUUGCAUGUUUCAUGGAGAUUUUCGCUCCUAUGACCUUGAUUUUUACGUGGCCUAGCUUUUUUUCACUUGUCCUACAGCUAUACCUAUAGGUGGCCUAGCUUUUCACCUAAAUGGCCUAACUUGUCGAUCUGCUCUACUUGUACAGAGUUGUAACACACAAAAAUCGUCUAAUCUGACUAAUCUAGCACAUUCUGUGGCCUUGAUUUUCAUCUAUUUUAUAGCCUAACUUCCCCACUAUGUGGCCUAGAGCAGUUCUAGACGAUUCUCUCCAAAAUAGAGAGGCGCCGAUGUUGUAUGUACAGUAGUGAGUAAUCAUUUGUCAAAUGCGCGUUCAUGACUCAUUUUCCGAUCGCUUCUCCUUCUUCUCGAUUUCCGCCGACCGCAACCACUUAUAUAGGCUUCCUUGCGCGACCGUUCCUUUUCAUUUCUCGACCAUCUUAUGUGUUGUGGCGGAACGGAAAUUGUCGUUUUUCGGCACGCAAUUUGUGCCGCUGCCGUUUUAGCAUUCCGCACAAUAUCUUCUACGAGCCAAUCGUAUCUCACCAUGAUUCGUUAUACGGAAGCUUAGGAUGUAAUGCCCCGUCCAAAAAGUCUCGGAAAAACCGUAAAAACCGCAGAUUGUUCUGUCCAAAGUCGGCCGAAAUUUGCGUGAAAAACGGGGGUGCGCACAGCUCAAUGAAUGUAACCCUAAAACUACGGCAUUUUUUGAAAAUUUGUGUUAAUUUCUUGAGGAUAUAUUUGAAAAUAUUCAAAUUUCUUGCGCAAUUUUUCAAAAAAUACCGUAGUUUUAGGGGUACGGUUACAUUCAUUGAGCUGUGCGCACCCCCGUUUUUCACGCAAAUUUCGGCCGACUUUGGACAGAAAAAUAUGCGGUUUUUACGGUUUUUCCGAGACAUUGGACGCGGCGGCAUAACACCAACUAUUUAUCGCUAGAAAGUCUCAGGUAUCCCAGAACAAUUUUAGUAGAUUUCUCUAGGCCGGCAUUUAGAGAUCUCUAGACGACCACUUGAACUUUUCCUUCCACCUCAUUUCAACAAUUCUCUUCUACUUUUUAUCAUCUCUUGUUUCGCCACAUUCUUCUCGCCCGAUUCGCGCCUCAUCAGGUCACUGACACAUUUCCCCCGACCGCCCAUUACCUCCACUUUUCCACUUUUGCCCGCUCGAGACUUGUCCCCACUUCUUCAGCGCCAGAAUUCAACGAAACGUGGCGAUUCUUCUUCGAGAAGACUUUACGUCUUCAGAAGACAUGACGUCGAGAAAUGGCGGAGGGACGAUCGAUCAGUACGUCCAGCAAUUGCCACUUUUGGCACUCGUUGUCUUGCCGUUGAUCAGCGCGAUUUUCGGGUUGAAAUACGUCAAUUUGAAGAGUGUUAUACACUUUCAACAGGUAGGCCAUACCAAAUACUACAUUUUUCCAGUUGACAUCGUUUUUCUACGACCAGUCUCUGGAGUACUGUAGCCGCUGAAAGUUGGUCCACUCGUUCCAACUUCCAGAGACUACAGUACUCAAAAACGUUGUCUAGCACAAAAAUACGCUGACACCACAGGGUUUUCCAGGGCACUCUGGGCUCAUCGCCGUGGCGCGCCGCCACCACAAUGACGUUCCUCUCCGUGCCCGUCUUCUUCGUCUGGUGCCUCUGUGUUCCCGGCCCUUCUGCCAUCUUCUUCCAACUCGGCGCAUCGCUGGCUCUUUUGCUCACCACACUCACCUCGUCUCCGAUUCUACACUACCUCCCGUCGCCGAGCAUCAGCACCUAUUAUCAGCUGCGGUUUUUGUCAAAGUCACGUGAGUUUUUGCGGAAAUUGAACGUCAGUAGUAAUCCUAGCAAUCCGUUCCAAACUUUUUGAGCAAGUACAUGAACCUAUAAAGCAUGUCUUGUCCAAGUUUGGUGUCAAUCCGAUCAUUUUCCGCCGAGAUAUGCCCGCGCAAAGUUGUCGUAACAGCUGUAAAUAGAAGGGCACUCAAAUACCCUUUAUUCAAGACAAUAUAUCUCGGCUACCGGUAGAGAUAUCAAAAAGGUGUCAAUUGAUAAAAUGUACGCCAUUUCUUAGUGAAUAUUUUCUUAGUUGGACACUUUUUGAUAUCUCAAUCGGCAGCUGAGAUAUAUCAUCUCAAAUCUUAACUCUCACAAGUUGAGUCGAUAUUGUAGCCCCACAAUUUGCAGUCCGUACCCUGGUCACCGUAACCCAAUGCCUCCUGCUCACCUCCGUUUCGAUCCUUCUCCUCUCGCUCUCCGCCUCGUUCCUCUCCACAAUCACAGGCCUUUCCGUGUACCUGGUCCUCCCGCUCGUCGCCUAUUUCUCGCUGUUCGCCGUCAUUUUCAGCGGCCACUCGAGCAUGAUGAACUUUAGCUUUUUGCUUUACAUUCUCGUAAGUCGCCUGAGAUCACUGUACCCACCGUAUCACUUUGUUUUUCAGGUCUCAACCUGUGGAAUCGGCCUAUUUUUGUACUAUUCCGUGCAGGAUGUUCAGUCGUUUGGAACGCUGGUCCCUUUGGAUCGGUUCCGCGUGUCGGAGAUAUUAUCGAGUCUUCUCGUUGGAUUCACCGUCAACUUUUACCUCCUCAACUCGAGUUUUUUGUAUCAGGUUGGUGCAAAUCAAGUUGCCCCGUGUUUAGUCGAAAAACUAUCCACAAAACCACGUCAUGAUUAGUAUCAAAACUCUCCAAAUCACACGGACAACUCGAUUUUUAACACAAAACCCCUCGAACUUUCAGAUCUACUCGCCGAUGCCAACCAUGCACAAACUGCGUCUGGCUCUAUUUCUCUACGGCACAUUUCAACUGUUCCUCUCCAUAUUCAUCUUCAUUUUCGCCACAAUCUUUCUGAAUUUUCUCCGCGAACACUGCAAAUUCGCCAUGUCGUUCGGCUCGUUCUUUCAAUUCUCGAAAGCGAUUGUGUCGAGCCGGUCGCAAGUGUUCGCCGUGUGCGCCUCGUGCCUCUGUCUAUUGUCGUUCUCGCUCCAAUGGUGCCUCAUGUCGCUCGUCACGCUGACGUGGGAAGAGGGUCUUGCGAAGCGGUUGCGCGCCUGGAAUCCCAUCCAACAACUGUGCUCGCUCCAAUUCGGAAUGCUCAUUUUGACGACGGCGAUCGUUGUGACGACGGUAGCGGCUAACCUGGCCCGUAUUCCCGUCGGACUACAGCUGCCCACUAUUGUCUAUGUGCUAUUGUGAGUCUCGCAAACGUUUCGACGACUUUAAUCGAUUUCCUUUCAGCUCAAUCUUCGCCAUAAUGUCGGGCGUCACCAUUUGCGGCUAUUAUCUGCCGUUCUGCUCGGCCCAAGGCGCCAUCACCAGUUAUUUGCUGACAAUGAUCUUGACCGCUCUGAAUCUCACUAUAUACCUAUUGAACAACUCGCCGGAAAAGUUCCAGAACUCGUGUAUUCUCGACGAUGCGGCGACGAAUGUGACGAGUGCGUCGAGGUGCGAUUUUGAAAAUUUUCUUCGCCAUUUCAUGUGGAUAUUAUGCAAUUCAAGUGCAAAACGUUUCCAGGUCGAUAAGCAUGGACAAAGUGGUCUACUUUGUCUCGCACCUUCCUCCACAAUCUCAGCCCAUCAUUAGCCUACUGGUAAGACCCCCCCCCCCUCGUUUUUUUAGGCCACAACUUUCUUCUUUUCAGAUCUUCAUAAUCAUUUGCACGUUCGUCUCAUUCCUGACGGGCGGUCAGGACCAGAUGGGUCUCGACUGGAAUCUGAUCGCGUUCACGUGGGCCACGUCGGUCCGAAGUCCGUCGAGCUUCUCGAAACGACAAUUUGUCGAGUCGGAAUCGUUUCGCUACGCCCAACAACAGAACAGCAAUCCGACACCGUCGCCGGAUGUGAACGCGUUUCGGUGA